CCUUGUAUUAUUCAAAGGGACUACUAUGUUUCUUUUGUAUUUUGGUAUGGCUUUGUAUCCCUUUUUCUUUCAUAAUGGCAAUAUUUGACUUCCAUAAAAUUGUAUAUAUAUGAAAGCACUUUUGAAGAGUCUUAAGACAUAGAAGAAAUAAAGAAAUCAACAAGAGAAACGAUGGUGAAAACCUAUACUCUAAAAAUCAUUUAUUUGUUCAUGUUUGCAUUACUGAUUGCGAGAUUAAUUCCAUCAAAAGCUCAACCUCCAUAUUGUACUAUGGAAAGACGUGAUACUGAGUAUUUUAAUUGCGUUGAUUCUCUCAAGUUGGGUACACCAUGGGUUCCUCCUUCCAAAGAUUGCUGCAAAUAUAUACAAAUCGAUAAUAUGGCUUGCUUCUGCAAAGGCGCCAAUAGGUUAUUUUCAGCACUUUUUGACCAAAAUAAGCUUUUCAAAAUCUCUCAUGCAUGCGGAGAUCUCUUAGUUCCGGGAUCAUAUUGCGGAAUUUUCAAGGUUCCAGGUGGUGUGUGAGAAAAGAUGGAUGUGCAUGUCAUAUUUUGUUUCUUUUCUUUAUAUAUCUCAAAUUUUAAAUUAUAUAUAUGACUAUAUCAUAUGGUUAAAACUUAAAAUUUAAAUAAGAUGGCUUUAUGUCGAUAAUUGAUACACCAAUCCCCUAUACAUUAUUUACCAAGUGAUUUUGACACAUGCUAUCACCACAUUAAUUUUAUAUUUUAUAAGCAAAAUGAUGACAUACUAAUAAAGAUGACAUGGCUUGGAUUAAUUGUGACACGAACAUUUACAUUUACUGUUGUUUUAUAAUUUUGGUAAAUUUUUAGAAUAAGGUAAUAACUUAUAAAUCAUCAUUAAUAUAACAAUAAAUAGUAAAGUUAGAAAUAUAGUAAUAUAUAAUAAUUUUCGAAAAUAUUAUUUAAUAUUAUUUUAUAAUUUUAUUACCAAAACAAAUCUUAAAAAUUUAUGCAUUUCAAAAAAUAAUAAUUUCUAGUCAUAUUAUUAUUAUUUCUUUUUAAUACUUACAAAUUUUAGAAAUAUUAUUUAAUUUUAUGUUUUGUUAAUUAUACAUAACUAAACUUUCCCUUAAUUUUAUAGAAUUUUAUUUAAUAUAUAUUAACCAAAAUAAAUACAUAAUAAUAUUUCAAAUAUAUAUAUAUAUAUUAUUAAAUAUAAAUGUAAAUAAAAUAUUAAUUUUAUAUUAAUUUUUAUAUAGAAUUAAAUUAUUGUAUGAAAAUAAUAAAACUAAAAAAUUAACAGAAAUUUAUUAAUAAAUAUAAUUUUAAAACUUUAUUUCUGCACAUGUUGCAGGAAAAUCACCUAGUGAAACUUUAUAUGCUCAAGCGAAAUGAUUGCAAUAUGGUUAAAAACUUAAAAUGAAUGAAAGCUUUUUUUGGUUUAAAAAAUGAAUGAAAGUUUUGUAUGUGAUAUAUACUAUUUAUAUUACAGGAAAUGUUUGCAAUAUGGUAAAAGCGAGAAAAACACUCCACAGAAGUUGAGAAAUGCACACCCUUAUUUCUCAAUGAUUUAACAUGAAACACCGAAUGUAUUUUGGCAUGCUUUCCGGUUCCACGCAAUAAGAGUUUAAACUGUCCGUUCGUGAAAUUAACAUCCUGCCAAGAACAUUUCAGAAAAACAGCUUGCAAAGAAAAUGGUAUAUAAAUAUUACUCCCUCUGUUUCAAAAUACAUAAAGUUUUAAGAUUAUGCACAACUAUUAAGAAACUUGUUUUUUAUUUUAAAAAUAUCAUUAAAUUAUAAAUUAAAAGUUAUUCAACCAAUCACAAAACAGACUACAAAAUAUUAUUGACUACACAGUUUUUGAUAAAGUGAAAAAGUACAUUGAUAUAUAAAAACAUUAUCUAUUUUGAAACAUCAAAAACUCCCUAAAACAUCAUCUAUUUUGAAACGGAGGGAGUAAUACUUUGAAUCAAAACAUUAGAAUGACUUUUUUGUUAAAUUUUAGAUAUAAUAAGAAACUUUUCAUUUUUUUUUGUUUUUAAUAUUAGAAAAAGCUCAUAUAAGAAAAUAAAAUAAAAUAUUAAUAAUAACUAGCGAAAGUAAUUUUAAUAAAUUCAGAAAAAUCUAUAAUUAAAUAUAGUAGUAUUAAAUAUUUAAAUUUCUCAGUUUUUGUUGAAAAUCAAUAUUAAACGCCAGCAAUCACUCGAUAAAAACAGAAAACUAGUACACAUCAAAUAAGCUCAACCGAGAUUGACCAAAACCGGACUAAA